AAAGAAUGAACCUAAUGUUAACAAAAUUGUUAAGUUAAGACUUUCAUCGGGUAAGGACCUCUGCCUCAGUUCUGAUCCAACAGUUCUCGACUUAACAACAUAUCGGUUCCUUUAACAAAAACCCAAAUAAAAAAAUUAAAUAAUUGAAAAGUGUUUUUAGUGUCAAUUUUCUAGCAACCAUAAAUUUUCCAAAAUUCAAAUUUAGUGACAGUUCUUGGAAUAUUGUUUUUUGAAUUAUAUUUUUUUCUAAACUUUAAAUGAUAAUUAAAAACCAAAUGAAUUCUCCACAAACCCAUGGGAUUAUGGAUUCCCAGCAAUGUGAAAGUUUUUAUUUAAAACGGAAACUAGGUCCCGACGACCAAAUCGAUAACGGUAAUGGCUUUGUUCAAGCAAAAAAGAGGCACCUGCAAGAAUAUUCUCCUACGCAGCAUAACGAUUUUCAAGCUCUAGGAGAGUCUUCACAUCAGUCACAGCAGCAGGUGCAGCCGCAGUCCCAACAACAACAGCAACAACAACAACUCGACCAGCACCAUCAGGAGCAACAUCAGAUUUGCAAUGAUAUGAAUUUCGCCUUGAGUUCGAGCAAUUACAUCAAUGAUCUCUUCAGCUAUGAGAAUAAUCUUGUGCCCGUUCAGACAAACUUCACCAACGAUCAAUUCGAUGGAAAUUGGCAGAAUUCAGAUCUUCUCGAAUUGGAUCACAGAUAUAAUUCGGGACUGGUUAUAACCAAUGAAGCUUCCCAGAUUCAUCAUCAGCAACAGCAGGAUGCAGCAAACAACAAUCUUCAAAUGCCUCAGACUGUCGAUGGCGGCGUCGGCGGCGGUGGCGUUGGCGACGGUGGUUCCAAUCAGCAACAAAAUUUGACAGUUUUCACAAUGCAAAAACAUUCGAAUUCAAAUAUAGGAGGAGACUUUAAUCCCCCACACCAUCCGAGACCAUCUAACGUUGAAAGUAAUCGGACAGCAGGAACAGGAAAGUUUAAUUCUGAGACAGAAUCUGAUUUCGAGGAUAAAAAUCUAUCGUGGUUGUUUAAUUUUAAGUUGGAUGAAUUGCCACAUCUUUCACCGGAAGUGAAUCAAAUUCAACCGCCACCGGUAGUGGUUAAAAAUAAUAAUUUGGAAAAUUCGACAAAAUCACAAACGAAAAUUCAAACUAAAACCGGGAAGAAAUUCGAGGAACUUGUUUUGGAAGUGACUUCGGAAUUAGAUGCAAACGAUAUGAUUGUUGGAGAAAAUGUCAUCGUUGAGAAUACUCCGAGAAUGCCAAAAAAGCCACCAUUCACUUACACCGAACUCAUUGAAUAUGCCCUCGAAGACAAGAGCGAACUUACCGUCUCUGGAAUUUAUCAGUGGAUAUCUGACCGUUUUCCAUUCUACAAAUCAAACGACGACCGAUGGAAGAAUUCAGUCCGACACAAUUUAUCAAUCAAUCCACACUUCCGAAAGGGCGUAAAAGCUCCUCAAGGAGCUGGUCAUUUAUGGACAAUUUCCAGUGGAGAUUCAGAGGAAAAUAUUUUAGCUUGGGAACACAAAAAACAACGUUUAGAUUUAUUCUUCAAAAUGGAGUCCCUUCAAAGAGAACGAAAUGAAUCUACUUCCAGCAGUCGCGAUCAAAGUCAACCAAUGUACGAUGAAGCAGCAAUAGCCGCUGCAACAAUAACUCAAGAAAUGCUCUCAUCCAUUUCACCAGAUCAUACAAUCUCAUCAGCAGCAGAACAAUCUUCGACCAGUUGUUCACCGUCUUCGUCUACCUGUGAUCGUCUAGGGACGACAUCAUCAGUGGUUUCAAGUGUCCAUGAGCUGCCAUUUAAUGAUCUCAUCACUGACGAAGAUCUGCGGAAGACUGCUGGUCAAAUUUUAAAUGGAAUUCAUCGGGAUGUGGAAGUUCAAGCAGUCAAUUCAAUCAUAAGCACAUAUCACGAUAGUUAUUUGGAUACUGAAGACUAUCUCAAUCCAAUACAAAAAGAUGUCUCCGUUCAUGAGAGUAGCAGUGGUUUGCGCAGUGAAUUCUAUGUGACAGAAAUUGAUCCAAUGGAAUUGGGCAUUCAAGUCGAAGAAGAAGUCCUAUUCAACGAUGAUUUCAAUUUGAAUUACUUUGGUUACAAUGCUGGCAAUGACAUUGUGGCUUGACCUAGAUCUUUUGUAGGCUCCGCAACUGGACAUGGACAAUCGGAAAUCCCAGAAGUUGGACCUUUGAUAGCAGCAAGUGGAUCAACUACAGUGACGGCGGCGGAGCAAUGUUAGAAUUUUGAUAAAAAUAAAGGUUUCGGUUUUGACAGAUCAAACAAAAAUGACAGCUAUGUCAAUAGAAGGGGAAUGAAUUAUAAACGAAAAAGAUAUGAACUUGUGUAAUAUAAACUAUAAACUAUUUUAUUAAAUUUUAGAAUCUAGUGUGAGCGGUGUUGAUCGCCUUGAGUUAAUGUAUUAGGUUUUGUUUUUCUGUUUGUUUUUUAAAUCAAUCAAUAGGGUUAAUUCUUUUGUGAGAUGAUUGUAUUGUAGUUUAAUAUUAAUAAAA